ACAAAUAAAGGACAAAGGAACAGAUCUUAGAAGAAGUCUGAGGAAACAAGUACUCAGCUAGAGGGUUGUCGACAAGGUGUAUACAGAAGACACAGUGAACCAUGUCUGGGGCCAUCAGCUUCUUGAUGGUGUUUUUACUUGGGAACACAGCUAUGAUGAGUACAGAAGCACUUAAACCAACUCUACGCUUGGAACCAGAGCAGACGGUGUACAUUGUAGGAGAAUCUUUAUCACUGAGAUGUGUUGUCAACAGUCCAACAAGUAUCUCUGGGUACAGCUUCUUCAAAGAUGCAGCAUUGAUAGUCAAAAAUGCUGUCUCAAAUCGACUGACCAUACGAUCUCUGUCUACAACGGAUGCUGGAAAUUAUAUCUGCACCUACUAUCAAGAAAGUACAGGCACACAACAAGAAAGCAACCACAUAGACCUUAAAGUGUUUGAAAGCCCACCUGCUCCAAUAUUGACGGUUGAACCCAAGAGGAAUGUCUUUCUUGUAAAUCAAUCAGUGGUAAUACGCUGUAACCUACCAAGAGGACAAAGUGCCACAGAAGUCUACUUGUAUCAAGAUGAGAGAAUACUCUAUGAGGCAGAUAAUUUUGGAGUUUUAUCUCUUGUAAAUACUGAAAGGAGACACACUGGAAAGUAUACCUGUGACUAUAAGACUGUUAUAUCAGGACGUACACUGACAUCUCAUGUCAGCAACCAAGAGACUUUGGUAGUGAUAGAUCUGCCUCCAACUCCAAUUUUACGGUAUGCGAACAACCAGAAACAGACUAGACAAGUAGAGAUUGUGUGUGAGAUACCAAAUCCUCCCUUCUCCUCCCUAAUCCAUGGAUAUCGUUUGUAUCGAAAUGGAGGGGAAAUUUUAAGCAAUAAAGCUAAUCAGUUUGUCAUCAAUUACAAUCUGGAAUUCGAUGGAUGCUACUUCUGCCGAAGCUUUGUGAAUGUUUUAGGGGAGGAGAUCCUAUCACCUAAGAGUGCUGAGGUCUUCUUGUCAUUAGAAGGAAGUAACACAAGAAGCUGCCAGAAUCCAAAUUCAAAAAGUAACUAUAGCCACUCAAGACAAGAAGCAGAUAUACCUACUCUACGAUUGGAACCGGAGGAGGCAGUGUACAUUGUAGGAGAGUCUUUAUCACUGAGAUGUGUUGCUGGCAUGCCAACAAGUAUCUCUAGGUACAGCUUCUUCAAAGAUGCAGCAGUGAUAGCCAACAAUUCUACCUCAAAUCGACUGAUCAUACCAUCUCUGUCUACAACGGAUGCUGGAAAUUAUUUCUGCACCUACUAUCAAGAAACUGCAGGCGCACAACAAAAAAGUAACUCCAUAGACCUUAAAGUGUUUGAACGCCCAGCUACUCCAAUAUUAGUGGUUGAACCCAAGAGGAAUGUCUUUGUUGUAAAUGAAUCAUUGGUAAUACGCUGUCGCUUACCAAGAGAGCAAAGUGCCGAGGGAAUCGCCCUCUACCAAGAUGGGAGAACACUCUAUGAGGCAGAUAAUUUUGGAGUUUUAUCUCUUGCAAAUACUGAAAGGCAACACACUGGAAAUUAUACUUGUGACUAUAGGACUAAUAUAUAUGGACGUAUAGUAAACGCUCAUCUCAGCAACCAAGAGACUUUGGUAGUGAUAGAUCUGCCUCCUACUCCAAUUUUAAGGUAUGCGAAGAACCUCCAGAAUCAAAGCAGUCAAGUAGAGAUUGUGUGUGAGAUACCAAAUCCUCCCUUCUCCUCCCUAAUCCAUGGAUAUCGUUUGUAUCGAAAUGGAGGGAACAUUUCAAGUAAUCAAGCUAAUCAGUUUGUCAUUAACUACAAUCUGGAAUUUGAUGGAUGCUAUUUCUGCCGAAGUUUUGUGAAUGUAUUAGGAGAGGAGAUCUUAUCACGUAAGAGUGUGGAGGUAUUCUUGACAUUAGAAGGAAGUAACACAAGAAGCUGUCUGAUUCAAAAUCCAGAAAAUGGCCAUGGACUCUCAAAACAAGGUGUCAAGUUGUAUGCAAGUGUACUCAUUGGUAAACUCAUUGUCUUGAUUUCUAUCUUGCUCGCUUUUGGGAUCCACCUCAUUGUAAUUCGCCUAAGAAUCAAAAAAGCUGAGACAGAAGAUCAAUCAAUUCACAGAUUAUGAACACUAAUCUAAAACACAGAAUUUUACAUAAUUUUUUUUUGUUCUUGGUUUUUUUCUGUAUGUUUGCAAGAAUAUUCAAGAAUAAACAUAUUUAAUUUAA